UUUGCUUUGUUGAUAAACAAAGCAGUACUAAAAAAUUUUAUUCUAGUGAAUAUUUUACAUUUCGUGAAAUGUCGUCAAAGAAUUGUAUAAAACUGGAAGUCUGUGUUGAUUCCAUCGCAUCAGCUGUGGCGGCUGCUGAAGGUGGAGCAGCACGAAUUGAAUUAUGCUCAGCGCUAAGUGAAGGUGGUUUAACACCAAGUGUUGGUACACUGAAAAUACUUAAAGAGAAAUGUCUUAACAUUCCAAUAUUUUGCAUGUUACGACCAAGACGUGGAAAUGACUUUAUUUAUUCGACACUAGAAAUUCAAGCUUUACUUGCCGAUAUGGAUAUACUCCGUGAACAAGGUGCAGAUGGCUUUGUCUUCGGUGCUCUAACGAACGGACAAACUGUAAAUACGGAGCAGUGCCAAUAUGUUUUACAGCAAGCAGCUGGUCUGCCAGUAACAUUUCACCGUGCAUUUGAUCUAACUAAUCCAAUUUGUAUGGACGAAACUGUUUCACAAAUAAGACAUCUUGGUUUUAAACGAAUAUUGAGUAGUGGUUUUUGUCAAAGCGCAGAAGAAGGUACUAACAAUUUGGCAAAACUAAUUGCGAAACAUCAUCGUGAUAUAAUAAUAAUGCCUGGGGCAGGUAUUAGUGUUAGUAACUUAGAUGAGAUUCUUACAGCUACUAAAUGUGCUGAAUUUCACGCCUCUGCGAAGAAAGAAGCUGGUGAAAAUAUUAAUAUUACAAAAAUGGAUUGUGAGAUUUCUAUGGGAAAACAAGAUAUUGAACCUUAUUCAAUAACAGAUGUCAAUGUUGUACGAAAGAUGGUAGCUAUUGGUAGAGCAGUGACUGGAGAAUAAUUUUUAAUUGAUUUUAUUUAUAUAUCAUAUACAUAUAUUAUAUACCAUAUAAAAUGUAUGAUGCAAAGUACUUGUCGAUGAAUAUUUUCAACAAAUUAAAUGCCAUUCAAAGAA